CGCUGACACCAAUCGGCCACCGUAGCUUAGCAACCGAAUCAUAACAAUUCUUAUUCCGUUUAGAGUUUUCAUUUGAACAUUUAAAGCAGCUCAGACUUGCAGUUUAUCAGCAAGAGAGAAGACGCGAAAGAUGUCCAUCGUGAAAACCACCGUGAAUCUCCAGAGGAUUGACUGGCUGCUGCCGACAGGUGCAGUCAGUGUGCGGAUCGCCCCGGAAUACAUCCCCGGUCCAGUUGGCCGAGGACAAACCAGUUCCAGUGAUGCUGGCCGUCGGAAGAAGUGCCGCACCAGGCCGCCGGCAGCCAGCUCCCUGACCACGUCUGCCUCUCCUGGAUCUGCUGCCAUCCCGGUGGCAACCAGCAGGGGUCAGCAGGGCACAGGCCGCCGUAGAAAAACGGCGGGAGGCCGGUCAGGGCGAAGAAGGAGGUAUGACCAACAGAAGGGGUUAGAGCCUAAGCCCAGCUCACCAACCUUCUCCUCCUCUUCAUUUUUAUUUCCGUCUUCAGUCCCCUCCCCUUUUGUUUCAUCCCCAUUUCUUUUUAUGGGCUCCUCUGUUUUAUCCCCACACUUAGUCACACCUGUAAGCCCAGCUCCACAUCCAUUUUCAGCUCCAGGCAUGGUUCAUCUGACCCCUCUGCUUCAGGCUCCAGCACAGGCUGUAGCCGCCUCAUCUCACCUGGAAAAAUUCUAUUGGUUGUAUAACUAUUAUGUAACAAAGUACUCUAAAAUGACCUAUGACGCCAAGUGCUUUACUGAGUACUGGUGUCAGGAGUUUUGGAACAGACAUUUAAAUGAAAUUAACUUAGCGAAACAGGGGAAGAAUGAGGAUAAUGAGGGUACUCAUUCAACCAAGAGGCGUAGGAUUGAUGAAGAUGAGUUCAUCUUUCCUAUUGAUGCACUGGAGCAGCUAAGUACCAUGCCCAGGGCUCAGGAGAUGGGUGUGGAGAUGGGCUAUCAGUCAGAUGCACAUAGCUACAUUUCCCUGUAGAUUCAGCACAUAAUUACACGAGACUUGUCAUACGUACUUAGGAUAAGAUAAAAUUAGGAUAUGUUACCAUGUAGUUCUAUAGCAUAAGGUACUAUAGGAUAAGCUUAAGAUAGGAUAAGGUUAAGAUUGUAUAGAAUAAGAUAAAGAUAGGACAAGUUAAGAUAGUCUUAACUUGUAUGCCAUUUUAUGUUUUACAAAGACAUGAUAAAUUACCAUAAGUUUAGGAUAAGAUUAUAUGAGAUAACAUAGUAUAAGAAUAAGAUAGGAUUGCAUAGCAUAAGAUAAGAAAGAUAGGAUAAGAUAACAUAGAAUAAAAUUAAGAUAGGAUAGGUUACGGUAAGCUUAAGAUUGUAUAACAUAGGAUUAGAUUAAUUAUAAAUAAAGCAGUCCUCCUUAGAGGGGGGGUGGUGGAGGGAAUAUUUAAGAAAUAAAAAUAGGAUUAAUUAACAUAAGGUUAAGAUAAGAUUGUAUAACAUAGGAUUAGAUUAAUUGUAAAUAAAGCAGUCCUCCUCAGAGGGGGGGUGGUGGAGGGAAUAUUUAAGAAAUAAAAAUAGGAUUAAUUCAGAAGGUUAAGAUAAGAUUGUAUAACAUAGGAUUAGAUUAAUUAUAAAUAAAGCAGUCCUCCUUAGAGGGGGGGUGGUGGAGGGAAUAUUUAAGAAAUAAAAAUAGGAUUAAUUCAGAAGGUUAAGAUAAGAUUGUAUAACAUAGGAUUAGAUUAAUUGUAAAUAAAGCAGUCCUCCUUAGAGGGGGGGUGGUGGAGGGAAUAUUUAAGAAAUAAAAAUAGGAUCAGUUAACAUAAGGUAAAGAUAAGAUUGUAUAACAUAGGAUUAGAUUAAUUGUAAAUAAAGCAGUCCUCCUUAGAGGGGGGGUGGUGGAGGGAAUAUUUAAGAAAUAAAAAUAGGAUCAGUUAACAUAAGGUAAAGAUAAGAUUGUAUAACAUAGGAUUAGAUUAAUUGUAAAUAAAGCAGUCCUCCUUAGAGGGGGGGUGGUGGAGGGAAUAUUUAAGAAAUAAAAAUAGGAUCAGUUAACAUAAGGUUAAGAUUAGAUUGUAUAACAUAGGGGGGCGGCAUGGUGGUGCAGUGGUUAGCACUGCUGCCUCACACCUCUGGGACCCGGGUUCGAGUCUCCGCCUGGGUCACAUGUGUGUGGAGUUUGCAUGUUCUCCCCAUGUUGUCGUGGGGUUUCCUCCGGGUACUCUGGUUUCCCCCCACAGUCCAAAAACAUGCUGAGGCUAAUUGGCGUCGCUGGAUUGCCCAUAGGUGUGCAUGUGUGAGUGACUGGUGUGUGAGUGUGCCCUGCGAUGGGCUGGCCCCCCAUCCUGGGUUGUUCCCUGCCUCGUGCCCAUUGCUUCCGGGAUAGGCUCCGGACCCCCCGCGACCCAAUAGGAUAAGCGGUUUGGAAAAUGGAUGGAUGGAUGUAUAACAUAGGGCUACAGUGAAGAAAUCAAAAAUUUCAAGGCAGCAUGAAGGUAACGCACAAUCAGGGAUGUGCAAUUUCUGAGGCAUGUAUUCAAAAAAAGUAUUUUAAUUGUGUUUUAUCAUUCAUAUUUGACUUAGUUCAUGAAAUAAAAUGUUUUUUUCUACAGACUUUGAUCAGUGUUUUUGUAUUUUGUAAAAUACGAGAAAUACUGUAUGCAUGGUAAUGUCAGGUGUGCAAAAUGUUUGUGCUAACAAAGGACACAGAGCCCCUAGAAGGGCACAGAGCCAGGCUGAGCACCACAGCGCUAUCCAGCCCAUGGCUGCCGAUGGUCACAUUCCACCAGAACCCCCCCAACACUAACUCCCCAGGGAACUUCCAAGCAGCAGAGCAGAUUCCAACAACCGAGGAUCAAAGGAAAAGAAAAGAUACUGGCAGGAAGAAGAUGAUCUUGUGGCCAAAGGUUAAAAAUGUAGAAGUUUGGAGAACAAAUGUGUUACAAAUGAAAUAUUAUUUGAAAUGUGCUACAGCUUAAUCAUUCUAUCAUACAUCCAUCCAUCCAUUUUCCAAACCGGAGACUCGAACCUGGGUCCCAGAGGUGUGAGGCAACAGUGCUAACCACUGCACCACCAUGCCGGCCCACAAAUUUAAACAAAUUCAUUUUAAAUAACUUUAAUCUCAGAGCCAAUUGCCAUGUGCCCACAAAUAUUUCAAUUAUUAUUGUUUAUGAUUAUAAAUGCCGAAUACAUUCCUGGAGCCUUCGAUUUAGCAUACACAGUGCCCUCUACAGGAUUCUAUCGAAACAGCAUCUCUCAACCUCGUUCACAAGAUUUGUCUUUUUCACAAAACGUUUUUCUUUGUAAAUCCCAAAAUCUUCCUAUAAAUGUAUGUAUGAA